GAUUGGACAUAAUUAACAAUUUUUCGUAAAAACCAAUCACAAAAUCCUAUCAUGUAAUUAAAAAACAAAAAUUUAAAAAAACUAUGAGAGAAAAUUGAAAACAGGGCAGAAAAAUUAUGAAAAAAAUUAUUGGUAAUUUCUGCCUAAAAUAAAUUACAUACAAAUAGUUAAAAUGUUGAAAAUGAUUCUAUAAAACUCAGGGAUGUGCAUUGAUUGCGAUGAUGCAACGAGAUGAUAAGUACCCUGCAUGUUGUGUUUGAACUGUAGAAGUGGUACUUUUACUAUAUUGUUGGCAUUGUCCGGCAUAAGGUUCAGCUAACGACAACCGUGCAUCUUUCCUUCCCGUAUGGCUGCAUAUGUUAAUCGCACUAUAUCAAUGAUGGCUGGCGACGGGCCCCACAACGUUGCAACACUCAACAAUGGAAACAUCCGCGUGAACAUGUCAAACGUGGACUCCCCGCUACAGAUAUUUGUGAGAGCCAAGAAAAAGAUCAAUGACAUAUUUGUGGAAAUUGAUGACUAUGUCAAGGAUGCUGUCACUUACAUGCAUGCGGUGUCCGGCGAGAAAGGCAUCGCGUCGCCGCAAGAUGUCGCCACUGUGGAGGCCUACGUCAGCAAAGUGCAGGCGAUACGCGAGGUGCUCAAGCGGGACCACAUGAAAGUCGCCUUUUUUGGCAGGACAAGCAACGGCAAAAGCACAGUGAUAAACGCGAUGCUGCACGACAAGAUAUUGCCGUCGGGCAUCGGGCACACGACCAACUGCUUCCUGCAGGUCGAGGGCUCCGACACCGACGAGGCCUUCCUGAGAACCGACGGCUCUGAGGAGAAGCUCAAUGUACAGUCGGUGAGCCAGCUGGGUCACGCGUUAUGUGCGUCGCGCCUUCAAGAGUGUUCGCUGGUGCACGUGUACUGGCCUCGGGAGCUGUGUGCGCUGCUGCGGGAUGACGUCGUGCUGGUGGACAGCCCCGGGGUGGACGUCACGCCCAACCUGGACGAGUGGAUCGACCAGUACUGUCUGGACGCCGACGUCUUCGUGCUCGUCGCCAAUGCUGAGUCCACUCUCAUGGUCACUGAAAAAAACUUCUUUCACAAAGUAUCGACGAAGAUAUCGCAACCGAAUAUAUUUAUCCUGAAUAAUCGAUGGGACGCUUCGGCUUCUGAACCCGAGUAUUUAGAUCAGGUGCGCAGCCAGCACGCGACGCGCUGCGUGGACUUCCUGUCGCGGGAGCUGCGCGUGUGCUCCGCGCGCGAGGCUGAGGAGCGCAUCUUCUUCAUCUCCGCCAAGGAGGCGCUGCUCACGCGCAUGCGCGAGCGGGAGAAGCCCGUCUCCUCGCCGACACUGGCGGACGGGCACCAGGUGCGGUACUUCGAGUUCGUGGACUUCGAGCGCAAGUUCGAGGAGUGCAUCAGCCAGUCGGCCGUGCGCACCAAGUUCGCGCAGCACUCGCGCCGCGGCAAGAACAUCGCCGCCGAGGUCAUGGCCGCGCUAGAACAGGUUUACAACACAGCAACGGAUCUAAAAACAUCGAAGGUAGAGAAACAGCGUAUACUGCACGAGCAGCUGACGACUAUAGAGGAACAGCUCACCACCAUCACGAGGCAGAUGAAGGACAAAAUCAACCGGAUGGUCGAGAGCGUGGAACACAAGGUAUCUUUAACACUAAGCCAAGAGAUUCGCCGGCUCUCGGCGCUAGUAGACGAAUACGAAGCGCCCUUCAAAUCGGACCGCGGCGCUUUGGAACAAUACAAACGAGCUUUACACCGUCACGUGGAAUCAGGUUUAGGAUCACGAUUAAAGAAGAGGCUAUCUUCAGAUAUUGGACACGAAAUGGAUGAGGCUCAGAAGGAAAUGGCUGACCGCAUGUACAACAUCCUCCCGCAACACAAGCGGGCAGCCGCCGCCAGCUGCAUCAUCCCUCACCAGCAGCCGUUCGAGGUGCUGUACCGGCUCAACUGCGACAACCUCUGCGCGGACUUCACCGAGGACCUCUCAUUCCGCUUCUCGUACGGCAUCACCGCGCUCAUACAGCGCUUCCAGGGCAAGAACACCAAUAAGAUUGCUCUCAAAAACCCCCCCACUUACACUCAGAUCCCGCCAACGGUGAGCAACUUGCCAGCACCUCGCAUGGAGGUGUCCCGCAACAACGUGGCCGGACUGGGCCCGCUCAGCGCCGAGGAGUGGAGCGUGGUGUCCCGGUUCUUGCUGGGCGCCCUCACCUCGCAGGGCACCAUGGGCGGCCUCCUGCUGUCCGGGCUGCUACUAAAAACAGUGGGGUGGCGCAUCGUGGCCGUGACGGGGGCGCUGUACGCGGCGCUGUACGCGUACGAGCGGCUGACGUGGACCGCCAAGGCGCAGCAGCGGGUCUUCAAGAGGCAGUACGUGGCGCACGCCAGCAAGAAGCUGCGGCUCAUCGUCGACCUCACCUCGGCUAAUUGCAGCCAUCAAGUGCAACAGGAGUUAUCGACGAUGUUCGCGCGGCUGUGCCGGCUGGUGGACGAGGCCACGACGGAGAUGGACGGCGAGCUGUGCGAGGUGCGCGAGGCCAUCACUCUGCUGGACGAGGCCUCCACCUCCGCCAAGAAGCUGCGCAACAAGGCCAACUACCUCUCGCACGAGCUCGAGCUCUUCGACGAGGCCUUCCUCAAGCUCAACUAGCUGGUGUGUCGGUGUAAGCAGGGGUCGCAGUAGAUUGAAAUAGCAGGAGGCGAGUUAAUUUAUUUUAUUGUUACAUGUCACGCGCGGCGAUGCUCUAGCAAUUUAAACUCUCGUGUCCAAGUACAAGUUAUCUAUUUCCCAAUGUAAAUUCUGUCUGGCGACAACCCUCUUUGGGAAUAUUAUUAUUACCUGUAUGCUGUUAAAGCUGUGCAUAACCCUUAUUCGCCUCGUACAACACCCAUAGGAGAAUAUCUAUUUUAGGGCGGCAUCAUACGCCACAGUAUUAUUGGAAUGUUUGGCACAAAUCAGAUUACAGUGCGCAAAUAUAUUACCUUUCUAAAUCUACAUUGAAAACAUCAUGAAAUAGCAUUAUUACAGUAAUAAGUAUAAUUACUAAUCAUUGUAAUUACAUGCCUAUUAUUUAAAAUUAUUACAUAAAAACUUUUUUGACGACCUCGAUGGCGCAGUGGUAAAGUGCCCUUGAACCGAGAGGUCCCGGGUUCGAUCCCCGGUCGGGUCAUGAUGGACAAUGAUCUUUUUCUGAUUGGCCCGGGUCUUGGAUGUUUAUCUAUAUAUGUAUAUGUUAUAAAAUAUAGUAUCGUUGAGUUAGUAUCCCAUAACACAAGUCUCGAACUUACUUUGGGGCUCACUCAAUCAGUGUGAUUUGUCCUAAUAUAUGUAUGUAUGUAUUUAUGUAUUUUAUUAUGAAAUUUGAUAAAUUUAAUAGUAAAAAAUAAUACAGUAUUAUAACAAUUUAGUAAAUACAGACAACAGCAUAUCAAUCCUUCACUGACAUGCUGCGGUUAUAGCGGUUAUGUGUAAUAAUACGGGCUUGAUGUGCCGGCGACUGUACAUAACAAUCUGAGCGCAAAGUUGUGUGAAAUCGCGGCGCGUGACGUCAUUAUUGUUUAAGUGCAAUGUUAUUUUCUGCACGUUUCAAUCCACUGCUGUAACAUGACAACUGUUGGAAGGUGAGCCGAGUCGCACUGUGUAGUGGGUUACAUACCUGUGUAAAUUACAUAUGUUGUUGUUUUAAAGUUAUUUAUUAUCAGCUUUUACCAAUGUUGGAUCAAAUCACGCGUGGAUAAAUUGUUGAAUUUGACGUCUAAUGAUAUUGUUUUGAUUGUAACUACAUAUAUGUUAUCGUGAACCUUAUAUGUAUGUAGUUAUGUGUUCAAAGCGUAAAGUUUAAGAAAUUGUUUGAGCUUAGUAUACACUAGACGACUUUAGGUAUCGAUUUUGGGAAUACGCAUGGUGUGUGCAUAUAACGUACAGGCUAUAGAGCGCAAUUUUACAAUCAAAAACUCCAUUUCAAAUGAGUAUUUGCGUCUCGCAUGAUCAAUGCAGCUGUCUCCUUUCAAAAUCUAUCAAGGGACAUUUUAAUUUCAGACCUGUGUCAACCUUGUGUUUUAAAUUUGCUCUCGUACGCAACAUGAAUUGUCUGGUAUUAUGCCAAGUUCCGCAAUACAUAGUUUUGUAAUGAACUUUAUGAUAAAAGAUUUUAUGUCAAUACAUAGUUUUGUAAUGAACUUUAUGAUAAAAGAUUUUAUGUUAGCGAUAGACUUUACUACAAAAAUAUGUUUUUUAGUUACAAAGGGAAUGUUAUCGCCGCAAGAUAAUUUUUCGGAUUUCCGCGCAUACCACUAGAGAAUUUUGCGCAACUGAUAUCGUCCAGUGUAUACUAAACUUAGGUUCUCGUGGUUUUUUUACGUUUACCUUCCCGGCUCGCGUCCCGGUGCUAAAACGGGCGUAUUGAGCGAGGAACGAACGAAUACUGGGAUAUCGUGUCUACCCCGUCGGGAUUAUAGACAUGAGCAUGUAUAUGUAAAAUGAUUAUACCUAUUAGUGAUGAAAUCGUUAUUGUAUGUGCUCUUACGUUGUCGAUGGCUGUAAACGCUUGUUGGUUGUUACGAAAUGACGUAGUAAUCGUGAUGACAGCUGGUCAUGCUAUCUGUCUCUACACACGAAAAUCUAGACGACAUUUUAUAGGUUAUGUUGAUUUUAUUGCAACAAAAACCAAAUAGUUGGCGGACGAGAUAAAUCACAGUACAGAUGAAUAUUAAUAGGGGUCUUAUUAAUAGAAUGUUAAUAGUCGUUAGAGGCGCUGGUGUAGAGAAAGGUCCGUGUCCAAAGCAAAUGUGAACGUCUUGUGUUGUUCGCGGCCUUUAUUUAAAUGUCACCCAAGACCUCACUCAACUAGUGAACGGGAGAAACGAUAAUCACCAUUGCAUCAAACUAGCAGAGUUUCUCUCUCUACGAAUACUUACCGUUGGGAUAGCUUAAUAGAUCGUAUAUUACAUAAAAAUAUACUUAUUUGUCGUGUUUUAUUUUGCUGGACGCGCUUUUUAUUUAAAAAAAUAAUGCCCUCGGCAAUAUUCCUACUGAUUAGUUACCAUUUGCUGUAAUUUAUUACGAAGCAGUGUUGUCUGUUUCUUACCACGAUCUGUGAUAACAGAUGGGAUAUUCGAAUACAUAUUAUACGUGUUUUUUGGGUAUGAAAUUGGAUUUUGGGUAUGGAAUGGAUUAUAAUUUAUAACCUCAACUUUGUUAACAGUUAAAGUUGCUUUUGUUUCAUGAUAAAAAAUUACAGUGCCUUUUAUAUAAUAGACAAAAACUUAAUAUGCAUCCGAAUAUCCGAUCUCUAUUCUAUACUUCUAUAUUCACGGAUUGCUUUGUUUCUGUCCACUCUGGUUUGAUGCAUAUUGUUCACUUCACAAAAUGUAACGCGUGUGUGACACCCCUGGUGUUGCAGGCGUCUAUAGGCUGCGGGUGACCACUUACCAUCAGGUGGGCAGGGAACUUUUAACCUACUUCGAAAAGAAUCGUCAAGUGCAUAUUUAGCGAAGUACAUAUGCGUCAAACCCGUUCACUCGUAUCGUAAACGCGGUCGCGGAUAGCUACUUUAUGGGUUUUUCACACACUUUAAUUUUCAAGUGUAUUUUUAACUAUGCAAAAGUGAUAUUCCAGUCAUCAAAUUCUUCAUACAAUAAUCUCUUUCGUAAUGUUACUUUAAAAAGUGGUUGCCAAUAAAGUUGAACAAAUAAUGUUAGACAUUAUGCUGUGUGGAUUCGUCCAAGCCGCGCAAAUCCAAUGCGAUAACUUGCGAAAAGCCACCCACCCCGGCGCAUGGUUUCGAUGUGACGAUCUAAAAAUAGUAAACAUUUUUUUUAUUUUUAAUAACUAAAAUAUUCACUUUCUCACACUUUUUUUACGUAUCACAUAGUAAUCAUGUUUUCAAAACUCGUGUAAAGAAUCGAAAUUAGAAAAUCGCAUUUAGUUUUACACAUUUUAAAUCUCAUACCAAUAAAAUGUAGGAGCAGCCAUGGUGUGAUAACUCUUUUUAUUACUUUAUUAUGGUUUGUACAAGCGAUGGAUUUUUAUAAGAGAUUAUUUGAACUGGUUGCGUGUCCCAGUAUUAUUUGCAAAGGGUCUGUUUGCGUUCAUCUUGAUAGAAUUAGAUUUGUUAUUAAAAAAUACAUAGUAUACAUUUCAUUAUAUUUAUUGAAGCUCAUGAAUUUGCGCCCCCGUGUUAACAGCUUUUUACAUAUUGUUAUGUAUAUUGUAUAAAACAUUGUUGGAAUUAAUUUAACAGUAAGGUCACAACAGUGAUGGGAUAUUUUAAAAUGCAGCAAUGAAUUUGACUCGUGGGAGUCGGGAGCCAUGCAACCGUUUGAUAUUAGAUAGAUUUUGUUGUCCGUUGUAAUUAGGUAUUGCAUAAUUAGGAGAAUUUUCUUAUGUAAAUAAAAAUAAAGGAUUCCUUUAUAGUA